GACUCUGGAUUCUUUUGAAUAUUAAAUUCCAGUUUGACACCACUGUGCUUCGGGGGAAGUGUAACCCCUUGAAGGUUUUUGAAAAAUUAUACUCGUACAUACAUUCAUAUGCUUACAUGUAAGUCUGCACUUUUUGUUGCUUCUCCUAACACCCAAUUAACUAUGUAGUUGUAUGUCAAUAACAACCCGCCCUAACAACCGGUUUGCUUUAUCAAUUUAGCUGUGUUUUGCAAAAAAAAAAUAUAAAUACUUAAUUUAAACAACUUUUCUUUGAAUUUGGUUUGAAAUAAAAACUUGCAUAAGAAAUGUCAAAAGCCACAACAAUCAAAGAAGCUCUGAAACGUUGGGAGGAACGUGAACAGCAAAGUGCCGUUGAGUCAAAAGUAAUCGAGUUACAAUUUCAAUGGCCACCAGUUGAGAAAAUGGACAAUACGCUUAGCACUUUGAUCAACUGUGAACGUCUCAGCUUGUCCACGAAUAUGAUAGAGAAGAUUUUCGGUUUGAAUGGCAUGAAAAAUUUGCGUGUGCUCUCGCUGUCGCGAAAUUAUAUUAAAAAUGUCUCAGGACUGGAGGCAGUCGGCGAUACGCUCAUCGAAUUAUGGCUUAGUUACAAUUUGAUCGAGAAGCUGAAGGGUCUCUCAGUCUUAAAAGCUCUUAAAGUGCUUUAUAUAAGCAAUAAUUUAAUCAAAGAUUGGAGUGAGCUCAGCCGUUUACAAGAGUUGGAAACCCUCGAGGACCUGGUGGUGGUAGGCAAUCCUAUAUCCGAAGGCAUGGAUGAGACAACAUGGCGCGCAGAAUGUAUAAAACGUUUGCCCACAAUUCGGAAAUUGGAUGGCGAACCGGUGGUGUUGAACGAGGAGCCAACUUUGUAAAUUAAAUAGUUACAUCUAAAUAUGUUUAAAAUCAUACUGAGCUGGAUGUUAGAAUUUUUUAAAAGUACGUUCGAAUUUACGAAAGAAAAAAAAUUUCCAGUAGUUAUUUGCACAUAGGGAAAUUUCACCUACUUUGUCGAAAUUAGAUAGAAAAGGGAAGCGAAUGAAGGAAUCCCCUUCUGUCAUCGAACAAGCAGCGUCUAGGCACCCAUAUUACUGUUGACAGUAUCAUUUCAAAACAAGUAAGGGAUUUCGUUUUUUAGGAAUCAGCAUUAAUACCGAUAAAACUGUAGGGAAAAUGUUAAGUUUUGAGAUGGCACAACAAAAAAAAAUGCUGAAAUACGUAAACUUAAUUUGAGUCGUCGAUUACGGAUCUGUUUUUCCGUUUUCCAGAUCAGGUCAUUU